AUGAGCCGGGCCAGCAGGCUGCAGAGGCAAGUUUUGAGCUUGUACCGCAGGCCAGGUGCCAAGGCUCGAGCACAGGCCGCGUUCCGGCAGCACGCCUCAUUGCCACGCUCCGACGUGCUACAUAUCGAGUACCUGUGCCGCCAUGGGUGGCGCCAGCUGCAGCUGCUACGCUCAGGUCACACCAAGGCCAUGGGUGCCUUCGUGCGCCGGCAGGGGCCAACCAAGGAGUCCAGCAGCGCGGGGGCCUCAGGAGCCCAGCCUGAGGAUGGUGGUGGUCCGAGGAACCCCUUCGACAGCAUGGGGUCACCAGAGACCCCUCCGGAUGGGCGGUGACAGGCCAAGGAGCUCACCCGGUAGCACAGGGGAAGCAGGGGCCCUCCUGACUGCGUGGGGAGACCAGGGAACCCACUUGAUGGAAGGGGAGAUGUCUUGAGAAGACCAGCUCGAUAGAUUGGGUAAAUUGGAGAGCCCUCCUCAGGACGUGAGGUCCUAGAGACCCCGAUGAUGGAUGCUGAGAGGUACCUGACCUUUCCCCAUCCAUGAUCGAAUUCUCCCCAUGAGGGUUUGGGGCGGCUUGGUUGCUGGCUGGCUGAACUGCAUCAAGCUGAGAGCUACUUACCCUAAAGCUUGGGGAGCCAGGACGCCCGCCGUGGGACAGAAAGAAGAUGCCCUUCUCUUGACCCCGGACUCCCCUCUCUUGUGUUUAACUCUGAAAAGAGCAGACUUUUUGCCAAGAACUUUGAGAAGAUACCCUGAUGGAUGGUGAGAAGCCCUGAAUCCCCCUUUGGAGAACUUUCUUCCCGUUAAUUGAGGCAGACUAGGACUUGGGAGGAAGGGGCUGGGGUAUCUUAGCCCUUCUGAUCAACUAAAGACCCCUCAAGACCUAUACUUGAUGGUUCUAAGGGGGGAACCC